GCAUCACUACUAUACGCGUCAGGGAAAACUCAAUACACGCAGGUCCACGUUGUGACGCGCGCUUUUUUUAGGGGGAGGGUUGGAGGAGCGAGCACAUGUAUCCGGGAGUCGUCGACCUGUGCAGCAAGCCGGGAGUCAGAGCCGCAAGUGAAGAGGGACUCAAGUUAUCCGCAUCUGAGUGGAGCAUACGGACCGUUUGAGGGGGCGGUGGAAGGAGAGCACGAGGAUGCUGAGCCGCAGCCUCACCAGCCAACCAGAGCUACUCCGGUAACUUUAGCGCGCCUGUGAAGUUUAAUCUCCAUCCUUCCCGGUUCCCCGCGACGCGCCGCUCUUUCACGAUGGUCUGUUCAUCGGUCCGCGGCACGCUCCUGCUGUGCGUCUCCCUCCAGCUCUUCUCCCUGCCCGGCGGACAAGUGCCGACGUGCCAGGAGGUGCGCACUGUGUUCCAGUCCCUGCAUCCGGGCUCCAAGUGGGUCCCCGAAACCCCGGUCUCAGGUGCAGAUCUGCAGGUAUGCCAAACCAAAGGCCCGACCUGCUGUUCAAAGAAAAUGGAGGAGCGGUACCAGGUAGCCGCGCGCAGCAACUUGGAGUCUGGUCUGCAGGUUGUCAGUGCUCAACUCAAGCGUCUCAUCAUCCAGAACGCCGCCAUUUUCCAAGAGGCCUUCGACCUGGUGCUGCGUCACGGCCGCAACUUCACGCUCGCCAUGCUCAAGUCGGAGUUCCCGGGUCUCGGGGGCGGAGCCCAGAGCUCCGUGGGGCAGCUGUUCCUGGACAUGUCGCUCUACAUCCUGGGCUCGGACUCCACGGUGGACCACAUGGUGGAGGUGCUUUAUGGCCGCCUCUUCCCCCUGGCCUACCGUCGCCUGCUGGGCGGCGUCGCGUCCUCCGCGUCCGAGGAGUGUGUCAGGGGAGCCUGGAAGGACUCUGGAGCGUUCGGCCCAUAUCCCAAGCUGAUGAUGACCCGUCUGUCUCGCUCCCUCCUGGCCACGCGCGUCUUCCUGCAGGCGCUGAACCUGGGCAUCGAGGUGGUCAACACCACCGACCACCUGCGGCCUGGCCGGGACUGUGGGCGGGCCCUGCUGAGGCUGUGGUACUGCCCACACUGCCAGGGCCUGCUGGGGCCGCCGGCCUGCAGGGGCUUCUGCCAGGCCGUGAUGCAGGGCUGCCUGGGGGGAGCGGCCGAGGUGCAGCCGCACUGGAGGAGCUACGUGGAGGGACUGGGGAAGGUGGCCGGCGCCAUGAGAGGGGAGCAGGAUCUGGAGGCUGUCGUUCUCAGGGUGCCUUCCAUGAUCAAACUGGCUCUCAGGCACGCUGUGGGCGCUCGCACCCGCCUUACUGCCCUGGUGAGCGGGAUGUGCGGAAGCACUCCCCAGCGCGCCUCCCGCUCUGUGGCAUCCUCCCCCCCUCCUCCUCCUCCUUCUCCUCUUGCCGCCGCCUCCGCGGCCCGCUACGCGCAGCUCUCCCCCCCGGACUAUGACGAGACUCUGGGCGGCCUCCGCAGGGAGUUCAUAUCCAACUUGAAGGGCUUCAGCUCCUUCUACAGCGGUCUCGGGGAGGCGCUGUGCAGCCGCGAGGCGGCUCCCGCGAACCAUUCCCUCUGCUGGAACGGCCAGGAGAUGACAGACAGGUUUCCUGGGCCGGGCCUGAAGCGACCGCACCCCGGCUCCGAGGUCCGAAGUAACAAGCCCCCCGAGCCGAUCAUCAGCCAGAUCAUAGACAAACUCAAGCACAUCAACCAGUUGCUGCGCCUGGUGACCGUGUCUGACAAGCGCUGGAGGGCCCGGUCACGUGACGUUGGAGCGGACGCGGGGAGCGAUGACGGGGAGGAGGGGCUGGAGAGCGGCGACUGCGACGACGAGGACGAGUGCAGCGGGGUGUCGGGGCUGGGGCCGCCGCCGAGACGCAAGCGGUUACGCAUCUUUGCAGACCUGGCCGAUAACCUGGCAAUGGACGACUUCACCUUCCAGGAGCAGCUGCUGACCCCUCAUCUGGCCACGGGCGGCGCCGGCGCCGCCUCCUCACCUGCCGCCGAGCUGUGGAGGAGCCGCCUGGUGCCGACGCUCGCUGUGGCGCUCGCUCUGCUCCUGCUCCGCCCCCACUGACCGCUGCAUUCUACCACUCCUCACUUUCCUCCCCGUAGGAUUCAAUAGGAACUCUGUCGAACCGUUUAUUGUCUUUUUUUAAUUCGGCUCCCAGUGUGAAGUUCAGUGCCUCCUCAAAGGGAGUGUUGAACAAUAAAUGCUACAUUUACUUCAUCUCUCUCAGCGAGAACCUAUUUGGUUUCAUUAAAAAAAUGACUGUUGGUCCUCAACUAACCUAUUAAAGGACACCAUACAAACCCACGGCGACGUCUAGAUGAGCUGCGGCCCACGUCCACUAGGACCCUUGUGCCCUCUCGCCUCCUCUCUGCUCUCUUUCUGACUUCUGUUUGAAGACAAGGUUGACGGGGCGCCCUGGUCGUGGCGCGGCCGUGUCAUAGACCUGCAGGUGGGGAGCUCCUUGGAGAACAGACACACAGCAAAAACGCUGCCUGUCUGCAACACGUUACUGCCCUGCAGAACCAAGUUGGAAAAAGAAGAAGAAGAAGAAGAAAAGCUUUUGCUACUCUCGUCUUUGGCAGUGACUGAUCUGCUGCCAGGACUGGGCUCCAGCUGGUGGGUUGUUGUCUACUGGUAUCCUCACAGGCUGAGGUGAAACCCUUAUUUAAACAUGCACAGUAGCUUAAGAUGCCCUCUUACUACCUAAAGCCAUGGUAGACACUAGUUUUGGAGUUAUUGGGAAAAAUACCAAACAUAAGCUCUCAGCAUUUUGUUGAUCAAUGUUGAGAAUGAUGCUAUUAGCCUUCAGCUAACUAGUUGUGAGGUCGAAGCAGAAGGUUAAACUACCAGCACCCUUUUCUCAAGUCCGUCCUCCCCUUUUUGGACGGUUUUGCAGUGUAGCCAUUCUUUGACCGUGCUGGAUUAGCAGCAGCUUCUGCAGAAUAUUCUGCCGUGGAAUCAGGCCUCCACCACCUGAAGGGACGUGAAGGUGCAUUUGUAGAAGAGCCGAUAGGUACGACCUCCCUCCAAAAUGACUCAGAAAAUGAUUUGCUGCUGAAAGGUUAUUAUGUCAUUUGUUUAGCCCACUGACACCCAAAAUAAAUGAAAUUCUCCACCAGGUUUAAACCCCCUCUUUCUCUCUCAUUGUCUGUGUCCUUGUGAUAGCUACAUUGUUUUGAGCUGAUUCAGUCUCAAGAGGUCACACUCCUAUGGUCAGUGUUUGCUUUGUUUUGUAACGCAGAUUUUUUUGUAUUGUAUUUGUAAUAGUAUAGAUGUAUGUUUCUCUCUGUUGCUAUGUUUACAAAAGAAAAAGUUUAUGUAGAAAAUGUUUAGCUUUGACACGGCGGAAAAAGCGAUGAGUAAUGUGUAAUAUAAAUAUGUGUAAAAUACUUUUGUAGUUGGUUUGCAUUGAGCUCACAUAGUAUCAAAGCCUGGCUUUUGCAUUCCCUUAUUUGUCCUUCUAUUUUCUGUUUGAACCAGAAGUCAGAGGUUUUUUUUUUUGUAGCAUUUGUUCGGUUUGGACUGUAUUCCAGCUCUGGUUUCUGCUGGAUUCUGCUCACACCAGAACAUCCUCUCAAACACACACUUGUAAGCGUCUUGAGCGGUCGCAGAGCACAAAGCACAGGUGUAACUGAUAGCAACGGCGAUGGCUUGGUUCCAUUCAGCUGUGGUCCAGCCAGGGAUCCGGCAUGCAGCAGAGUGCCAGUUCACCGACUCCGGACCACAUGAGCAGAAUAAAGCCGUCAGCAGUUCUUCUCGCUAUUGUUUUUGUCAUGAGAGAUAUCUGUGAUCAGACGUUGAUAUAAAUGAAUGCCCAGUUGUAAAGUCUGUCUUUUUUCCCGGUUAAAUGCUGAUGUAAAGUACAAUGUAUAAUAAACUAAACAUGUUUUAA